GGAGAGAAUGUUGAGUUUAAUCAAUUCAGAACGUCGAGAUGGAGCUCAACUCACUCAUGUGGGUAGGCUCUCCUUGUGGUUUGCACGGACCGUACAUUUUCUACAAGGCAUUUAGAUUUAACCUUGAAGGCAAACCAAGAAUUUUGUCCCUUGGCGACUUUUUCUUCGUAAGAUGUAAGCCAGAGGACCCGAUUUGCAUAGCAGAGCUCCAGCUGUUAUGGGAAGAAAGAACAACUAAGCAACUUUUAUCCAGCUCCAAACUUUAUUUUCUCCCAGAAGAUACUCCCCAGGGAAGAACUGUCAGUCACGGAGAGGAUGAGGUGAUCGCAGUGUCCGAGAAGGUCAUCGUGAAGCUGGAGGACCUGGUGAAAUGGACGGUGUGGGACACGUCGUGCUGGACCAAGGGCCUGCGGGCCGUGCCCCUGAAGGCAUCCAUGCUGAAGGAGCUGAGCAGGACCGGGCAGAGGGAAACCCUGCACCGCUACCGCGAGUCGACCCUCAAUAGCGGCCUCAACUUCAAAGACGUCCUGCGGGAGAAGGCCGAACUAGGUGACGACCGGGAGGAGAGGAGAGUCCUGGUGCUGAGUUACCCGCAGUACUGCCGCUAUCGCUCCAUCGUGGCGCGGCUGCGUGAGCGCCCCGCCGCGCUCCUGACGGACCACGUGGUGCUGGCCCUGGGGGGCAUCGUUUCUCUCACCGGCAGCACACAGAUCCUCUACUGCAGGGACACGUUCGAGCACCCCACGCUACUAGAGAAUGAGAGCGUCUGCGACGAGUUCGCGCCCAACCUGAAGGGCCGGCCCCGGAAGAAGAAGCUGUCCAUCUCCCAGAGACGGGACUCCCAGGGCCAGGGUGGCUGCACCAAGGAGCCCAGCGGCAUGGAGCCCAAGGUGCCGACGAAGGCGAAAGCGGACACAAAGAUGGUGGUGGCCAAACCCAAGGGUAGCGGCGGGUGCAAGAAGGCGACUGCAGAGGACAAGGCCAAGGAUGAGGCUGGCGAGGAGUGCCGUGCCGAAGAGCAGGCCUUCCUCGUAGCGCUCUACAAGUACAUGAAGGAGAGGAAGACCCCCAUCGAGCGGAUACCCUACCUGGGCUUCAAGCAGAUAAACCUUUGGACUAUGUUUCAAGCUGCUCAGAAGCUGGGAGGAUACGAGUUGAUCACAGCACGCCGACAGUGGAAAAAUGUAUACGACGAGUUGGGUGGUAACCCGGGAAGCACCAGCGCAGCCACGUGCACGCGAAGACACUACGAGAGGCUAAUUCUGCCCUACGAAAGAUACACGAAAGGAGAGGAGGACAAACCACUACCCCCCAUCAAACCCCGAAAACAAGAGGCCGGCUCCCAGGAGGGAGGCACCAAGACAAAGGUCCCGGCCACGAAGCGCCCCAAAGAUGACCAAAAUCCGAAGGGCCGGAAUGAAAAGGAUGGCACAGCCAAAGUCUCUGAGCCGGGUGUGGAGGACGUAGAGGACAAGGAGCAGCCCCAGGAGGAAGGGCUGGCAAAGCAAGCGACACAGAGGCCCCAGCUUCCCGUGCAGCGGGAGGCCGAGGUGAGGAGUCCAGCCGCAGAAGACGGAGGCGAUGUCCCACUGGUCAUCAAGGAGGAGGAGGAGAAACCAGCACUCCAGAAAGCUUCCUGGGACGGUGGCCCACACGAACCAGUCCAUAGAAGCAAGCACGCAUCACUUCCGCAGGACGGCACGCCACUCAAAUCAGAGGACUCAGAGGUGUUUCCUGUCGCUGCCUCGAUGCCACUUCGCCACUCGAACCCCCGCCCUCACGCACAGGACCAAUGGCAGCAUGGGACGCCAGAGUACAAGGCACCUGCACAUACCCUGGGGAACACUGAACAAGCUGCCACAAACGACAGCCAGAACCACGUGGGAAUGGUGCUGCCCACUCCAAAGCAAAGACCCCCACAGCCCAUCUCUGUGCCAGAGGUCCCAACAGAAAGGGCUGAGCUCCCCACCAAAGAGGAGACUUUCAGCUAUCACCCACUGCUCUAUCCUCGGGGCAACCCUGGCAUCAUGUCUCCCCUAGCCAAGAAGAAGAUGCUGUCCCAGGUCAGUGGCACCAGCAUGCCUAGUAGUUUCCCCUACGGUCCUCCACCCCCAUUAGUCAACAAAAAGGUGUCAAGCAGAAGCACGGAGGAAACAGCUGCUGGGCAACUGGGCCCUGAGGUCCCUCCCACCGCAAACGAGGCGAAUGUGGUGAUCAAGCGUCCAUCCGUCAUCCAGCAUGCUCAGAGCUUCAAGCCUCGAGGCAGCGAGGACAAAAAGCCUUCUGUGGAGCCCACCCAGAGGGAGGUGGGUGGUGAGGGGGAGUCGUACCCUUCAGAACACCCCCAGAACCAGCCACUCCACCAGCCCCAGCCGAGCACCACAGCAGAGUCCUACAUGACGAGAGCCAACUCUCACUCCAGCAUGGAGAAGUCUGUACAGAUACCUCGUCCUGGGCAGGCACCUAGCUUCCUCAGUGACUUCUACUCCUCUCCACACCUGCACAGCCUCUAUAGACAGACUGAACACCAUCUGAGCAAGGAGCAGCUGAGCAAGUAUCUGAACAGAGAGACUUACCCACGGGACUGUGAGACCGCACAUGGUUUCUCCCAAAACCAGCACCCUGACAGCGGAAGCCUGACUUACUGCGCCCGUUUGAACCAGAAAGAAAAGGGCCCUCCCAUUGAAAGGGUGACAGAGGAGCAACCAACAGACCUGAGCCUCCCAAAACCCACUCCACACAAAUUGCCCCACUCCACCUCAUCUCUCUGUGGCCUCCAACAUUCCAUGAUGCAACAGGAUGUUAAAAGCACUCCUCUGUUCCAGGCUGGCAACAAUCAAAGCUCAACCCUGGACUACCACCCCAGAGCCUGCCGUGUCCCUCCAAUGACUGUUUCCACUCCCAAGAAGGUGGUGGAACCCCCAUCCAAAGCACACAAUGUCCGAGGAGAAGAGACAAUGAGCUUCAAGAUAGAGGAGAUGGCUCGGCCCAUCCUGAGCAGCAAAAGCAGCCCGCAGAACGUCGGCGCCGCACGGCCUCUGAAGAGGAGCCUGGAGGAGCUGGAAAACGGACACACGGAGAAGAAGAUCCGGGCCGUGACGCCCAUGCACUGCUCCACGCCGAGAGAUGUUGUGGUGAAGGUGCGGACCCCAGAGCCCGAUAACGAGUCGAUGAAGCCGGCAGAGCCGGCCCACGCCGUGCACAUCAACAGCUACGUGGCCGAGGGACACAAGUUCCCACUGCACUCGCCCAUCUUCCCAGGGCUGUAUCCCGGGGCUUUUGUAUCUCAGGUACAGGACAUGUGUGACAGCCUGAGCCCCCACGUCCCCCCUGGUUACUCUCAUCCACUGCAGUACUUGAAGAACCAGAGUGUCCUUUCGCCACUCAUGCCCCCCUUCGCCAUUCAUUCCAUAAUGAUGCAGAGACAGUUGCUGGCCCAGGCGGCCAAUCCAGCCCACCUGUACAGACACCCGAUGGGGACAUCGUAUGGGGACAUUCUCCACCAUGGCCUCUACCCCAUGUCAGCCCUUAACCCCCAAGCUCCUUUCAGCCCCCCUCAGCUCUCCUCGGUUCAUCCUAGCACCAAACUUUCCUAGACUGAGUAGCCAGACAUGCCGCUAGCUGGAGAGGCUUAGCAGACACUCCAGACUCACACCCAAAUGGUCCCUCUUCCCAGGAAGCAUGACCAUGCUGUCUACCACACGGCUAGCAUUGUUCUCUAGACACUUUGAAAAGAAGUCUGUUUCUGUUUUUUUGUCUCUUCUUUUGCCACUUAAUUUUAGGAUUUGCACAUUUCUUUGAACAUGGUCCAUCUGAUUGUGUCUUGUUCCCAACACGUUGUUUGCAGUUGUCUGUUGUCUGGUUUCUCUAAGUGUUGCCUUGGCAUGAGCACUGAAGUUAGUGAAGGGUAUUAUGUCCCGAUGGAGGAGAAGCAGCUCUCACUGAACUUCCAGGGUGCUCAAAGGAUAUAAACAAGGCGGGUGACAAAUCAAAUCAAUGCAAUCGUAGCAAUGCUAUUUCAAUCAAUCUGCAGAACUCCGGUUUGAAACACUAUCAGAACAUAAUGCAGGAGUGCUGCCUGGUGAACUGUUGUACUUUUUACAUAUUAAUCCUUACUGUGCAUCUUUUUUAUGUAUCAGUGUGGUAGUAUAGUGUGUUCAUAUUUCAAGCCUGCAAGGGUUAAACUAGUAACAUCUGAAAUUUUGUUUCAUCCACAAGAAUCACAAGAGAUCAGAACAUUGCAGUUUGUUGUGUUACACAGUUACAUGUAAAUAAAACUAACUAAGCUUUCCUUGAAAGAAUCUUAAACUUUGACGAUAAAAUGUGAGUUAGGUUUCACACGCUUUUCUGACCACCAUCCACUGACAUCCCCUUCGGUUCCUCUCAGUCAGUGAAGCUCCUCCUGUUUGCCAGGGCAAUGUGGAAUGUGUUUGUCAAAUGUAGGGCUGAGGUGUUUGUACAUAACCUUAGCUAACUGAAAACACUUUGUGUCAUAUUCACUGGCUACUGUAAUUUCUGGCUGCGCUGAACCGUGAGUUCCAGUACGGGAUUGGAAGGCUUUGCUUGUGACGGGAUGAAUUUCCACAUCCGGGACUACUCUCUCAUGUCAGAAAGUGGCUUUUGUCUUUACAGGCAUACCCUUGUGAUCACAGUUUACUCAGAGGAAUUCCUUUCAGGAGAUUUACCCAAGUUUAAGACCAGGGAUGCAGGGAUGGUGUGGAGGGGAAUUUUAGAAGCACUUAGUGAAGCACACACAUAAGACCCCUGCUGACUGUUUCUUCUGAAAGUUGUAUAGCAGUGGUUGUCCAAAGUUGUUUAAAAUAUGUUUGGAAAAAAAAACUGUAUUGGCAGUGGUCCGUUCAUAACAAUUCUGUGUUAAAUGAUGUGUAACACAAGAAAAUAGUUAUCAGUAGAAAAAAAUAUAUAAUUUCUUUGCACAAAGGAUUUUGGAAAAGUACCAACAUAAUUUGAAAGUGACACAAUCUUCCUAGGGGUAAUCAAUUUUUUGUAUGUAUUAGUAGGAGAAAUUAAACUUAAAAUUUCAAGAAAUGUAUUUGCUCCAACAGUGUUUGGAGUAGCACUCAAGGUUGCUAUGUAACAUUUUUAAUAAGAAAUAAACGUUUUUAUAACUUAAGAAAGUCUAUCCUUUAUCCAGUCCUGCUGUGUGUUGGCUGUAGGGAUGGGCGAACUAAAUAUUUUCCAUUAUCAAGAUGAUAACAAUAUGACAUCAAAAUAUGACAAAAAAAAUUAUCUUUUAUAUGCUCUUAAAAACUAAUAACUCGUAAUAAAUCUUAACUUUCAAAGUUAAAACAUGAACGUGAGCAAAUUGCAGUAGGAAAUCUUGUUUUAUUGCAUUUUGUUGUGCAAAUGGAUGUUUACACUUGAGGUAUCUGUGCAAGCAUGGAACAAAAGUAGAGGUAUUUAAUCAGAUGUUUUAAAUAAACUCAAGAAC